AUGUUAUAUAAAUUAAUAAAACCGCAAAUAAAAAACAAUACUUUAAUUAAACAUCGUCAAUGUCAAUUUUUUGUAAAAAUUAUUGACAAUAAAACUGUCACCAAUUGUGAUCAUGUCCCUCGUGAACAUACCUGUGUCCCUCUAAAACCUCGAAAUUGGGGAACAUAUAUUGUUGCUCCAACAUAUAAAAUCAAUGCUUGUGCAAUUGGAAAAAAUUUUUCAACAAUGUUAAUAGCAAUGAUAUGUUAUUUAUUUAAUUCAAAAAAAUUUAAAAAUUCAAAACAUUUAUUUGCUCAUGAAAAAUGGAAAAAAAGAAGUUGUUUAAGAAAAAAUGAAGGAAAUACUUUUGAUAAAGUUUCAAAAAAAUUUAAUUCACAUGAUGGUAAUAUAACUACAUUUGUCAAUGAUUGGAAUCAUUUAGUUAUAGUACGUAAUCCAAUUGAAAGAUUUAUUUCUGGAUUUGUUCAUUUUUGUGUAAAACAACCAAAAGAAACUAAAAGUAAGGGAGAUUGUUAUGGUUGUCAUGAUGAUAUGGUAUGUUUUGUUGAAAGAUUAUAUGAUGAUGUUCAAAUGACUGUAGCAACAAAUAAAUGGGCUAAUUUACAUUUAAUGAAUCAUUUCUAUCCACAAAGUUGGAUGUGCCAAUUUUCUGAGUAUUAUAAUAAAUAUAAAAUAAUAAAAUAUUCCUCUGAAAAAGAGGCAACAAAAAUUUUUUAUAAAAAUAUGAUAGAUUAUUUAAAAGAUAUAAAUAUUCCUGAAAAUAAGAUAGAAUUUAUAAGAAAACAAUUUCUUAUUAAAAAAGUACCACAUUCAACAAUUGAUAGUAAAGAACGAAGUAUUUAUAUGAAAAAAUUAGAAGAAAGUGAUUAUAUUAAAGAUAUCUUAACAAGAAUAUAUUAUUCUGAUUUUAUAAUGUUUAAUUUUGAAUUACCAGAAUUAAAAAAUUAUGGAGAUUCAAUUAUUAUUUAUAAUAAUCCUUAA